AUGGGAGAAUCGAUCAUGAAUAUUCAUAACAAUGCGUCAAGGAAGAUGAAGCUCAUUUACUUCAGCAAUGAGUUUCCUCAGGACGACCUGCAGACCGUCUUUCGUAAGCUCCAUACUCACAGCAAGGACCGGCGACACCCGACGCUCGCUCGCUUUCUCGAGGAAGCCACGCUGGCCAUUCGCGAGGAAGUGCGACGAUUGCCGACCACAUUGCGAGCGUUAAUCCCUCCGUUUGAGAGUAUCUUGAACUUUGCGGAAUUUACGGACCUUCGCAAGGGUCAGCUCUGCGGGUCAAUUGACGGUAUCCUCCUCUGUGUUCUGGAGUUGGGGACUCUUAUUGGCUACUAUGAGAACCAUGAAGAUGCCUUCAACAGUGAUCCUGCAAGCAUCGCGUUGGCCGGGCUGGGAAUUGGCCUCCUGGCAACAGCGGCAGUCUCGAUAGCAAUCACCGUGGCAGAUCUUGCCAUCACAGGCGCCCAAGUCGUCCGACAGGCCUUCCGACUGGGGGUGUUGGUCGAUGAGGUAUCGCAAAAUCUUGAGCCUCGUGAUACUACCGAGGGCAGCUCGCCAGAUACCUGGGCCCAUGUUAUGCCUAAUGUGUCAGUCGAUGAGGUUCAGCACGAGCUGGACGCCAUUCAAGCAAAGGAGAAAACCCCGGAGCCAAGUAAGAUCUUUAUCAGCGCCCGUAGUACCACAUCAGUCACAAUCAGUGGUCCUCCCUCGCGUCUACAGGCCAUGUUCCGCACAGCCAAGUUCUUCCAUGAACAUAAAUGUAUCGCUCUACCUGUGUACGGAGGAUUGUGUCAUGCAGAGCACAUCUACACCCAGGAUAAUGUGCGCAGUGUGGUCCGAACGCGCUCGAUGGAGUUGGUCAACGCUAAAUUCGUUCCCCGACUGCCUGUCUAUUCCACCAGCACGGGCCGUCCAUUCCCUGUCAGCAGUGCGACGGACCUGUUUGAAAGUAUCAUCGCGGAGAUCCUAACCAAGGCAAUUGAAUGGGAUCGAGUCACCCAGGGCGUCGCUCAACUGGCUCAGGACUUGAAUGCGACAGAGUGCCAGCUUGUGGUAUUCCGCAUCUCUCUUCCGAUUCGGGACCUGGCUGCGGCCCUGAAAAAUGGCUCCGACGUGGAAACGUCCACCAAAGAGAUCAUGCCAUGGGUGCAUCAAGAGGAGGAAAGCGACGAAGGAGGACCGCGAGGACCACUGCAGUCCAAGAUCGCGAUCGUGGGCAUGUCCUGCAGGAUGCCUGGCGGGGCGACGGACACUGAGAAGUUCUGGGACCUCUUGGAGCAGGGACUGGAUGUCCACCGGAGGAUUCCUGCGGACCGGUUCGAUGUCGAUUCCCACUACGACCCGACUGGUAAGAGCGUGAACACGAGUCAUACCCCUUACGGAUGCUUCAUAGACGAACCAGGUCUCUUCGAUGCGCCUUUCUUCAACAUGUCGCCCCGAGAAGCCGAGCAAACAGACCCCAUGCAGCGCCUGGCUCUCGUCACGGCAUAUGAGGCCCUGGAAAGAGCCGGAUACGUCGCUAAUCGAACGGCCGCAACGGACCUACACCGAAUAGGCACUUUCUAUGGCCAGGCGAGUGACGACUACCGUGAAGUGAAUACAGCUCAGGAGAUCAGUACCUACUUCAUUCCCGGCGGGUGCCGUGCCUUUGGCCCCGGUCGUAUCAACUAUUUCUUCAAGUUCUCCGGCCCAAGUUACAGCAUUGACACCGCUUGCUCGUCCAGUCUUGCGACUAUUCAGACAGCUUGCACUGCACUGUGGAAUGGCGACGUGGAUACCGCGGUGGCCGGUGGUAUGAAUGUGCUGACCAACUCGGAUGCUUUUGCAGGUCUCAGCCAUGGCCACUUCCUCUCCAAGACUCCAAACGCAUGCAAGACCUGGGACAGCGAGGCUGACGGGUACUGCCGUGCGGAUGCGGUAGCAUCUAUUGUUAUGAAGAGAUUGGAAGACGCCGAAGCAGAUAAUGACAACAUUCUUGGCGUCAUUGUGGGAGCAGGAACGAACCAUUCUGCAGAGGCUGUCUCCAUUACCCAUCCCCAUGCGGGUCACCAAGCCUACCUGGGGAAGCUGGUGGCCAACCGGGCUGGAGUUGACCCGCUUGACGUUGGAUAUGUGGAGAUGCACGGCACUGGCACCCAGGCAGGCGAUGCAGAGGAGAUCCAAUCAGUAACUAAUGUGUAUGCUCCAACGACGAGGCGCCGCAGCACCAAGAAUCCUCUAUACAUUGGAGCUGUGAAGGCAAAUGUUGGACAUAGUGAGGCAGCAGCGGGUGUUACAGCCCUACUGAAGGUCCUCCUGAUGCUGCAGAAGAACGCAAUCCCGCCACACGUUGGGAUCAAAAACUCUCUGAAUCCCAUCUUUCCAGACGACCUUGACAAGCGGCAGGUGCACAUCCCAUACCAGAAGACAGAAUGGCCUCGGCUACCAGGGAAGACGCGCAUGGCUGCCGUUAACAAUUUCAGUGCGGCAGGAGGCAACACUACCAUCCUGCUCGAAGAUGGACCGCUGCGAGAGGUCACUGAAUCCGACCCUCGACGAACCCAUGUGGUAGCCGUCUCAGCCAAGAGCAAGAUAUCGCUGAAGGGAAACCUCACACGGUUGAUAGACUACCUCGAACGCAACCCAGAGGUCUCGCUGGCCAACCUGUCAUACUCUACGACUGCACGUCGCUACCACCACAACCACCGCGUUGCCAUAGCCGCAUCUAGUGUACCCCAGGUGCUGAAACAGCUUCGAUCAGCACUGGACACCAUGGACACUCACAAACCAAUCCCCAACACAGGAGCCCCGUCGGUGGCCUUUUCCUUCACGGGGCAGGGCGCCUCGUAUAAGUCAUCCAAUUACGAACUGUUCCACCAGGCGCCCUCUUUCCGGGCCCACGUCCUGCAUCUAGACGCGAUCGCCCAGGGUCAGGGCUUUCCAUCCUUUAUCCCAGUCAUUGACGGCACCCACGACAAGGACUACCAACACUCGCCUGUCAUGACCCAGCUAGCUCUGGCGUGCACAGAAAUCGCCGUCGCAAAGUACUGGGCCUCGUUGGGGGUGAAACCCGACGUAGUUAUCGGACACAGCCUGGGCGAGUACGCCGCCCUGCACGUAGCAGGGGUGCUCUCCGCCAGUGACGCUAUCUUCCUUGUGGGCCAACGGGCUGCCCUCCUCCAACAAAAGUGCAAGGCAGGCAGUCACAAGAUGGUUGCAGUACGAGCCUCCGUAAUCCAGAUUCAAGAAAGCGCACAGGACCGACCCUAUGAGCUAGCGUGUAUCAAUGGUCCGAAGGAGACAGUGCUGAGUGGCCCAAAAGACGAGAUGGACACCAUCAUCCCGGUGCUGGAAGCUGACGGAUACAAAUGCUUCAGUCUGGAUGUCCCCUUCGCCUUCCAUUCCAACCAGACGGACCCAAUCCUCGACGACUUUGAGACUCUUGCCACGAGCGGUGUCGUGUUCCAGCCCCCCCAGAUCCCUGUGAUCUCGCCGCUGCUGUCCAAGGUGGUUUUCGACGAAAAGAGCGUCAAUGGAAACUACCUCCGUCGUGCCACUCGCGAGGCAGUCAACUUUCUCUCUGCGCUCGAGGCUGCGCGCAGCAUUGGCAUCGUGAGUGAUGAGACUGUUUGGAUAGAGGUGGGCCCUCAUCCAGUGGGAGUCGGUUUCGUCAAAUCCACCUUCUCAUCAGUCAAUGUGACCGUGCCGUCUCUUCGUCGAGGCGAGGAUAAUUGGACGACCCUGGCGCAGAGUUUGGCCGCGCUCCACUCUGUGGGUAUCAAAAUCGAAUGGGGCGAGUUUCACAGCCCAUUUGAGAAGUCGUUGCGUCUGCUCGACUUGCCGACUUAUGCGUGGAACGACAAGCGGUACUGGAUACAGUACAAAGGUGACUGGGCGCUGACCAAGGGUAACACGUUUUACGACGAGGAGAAGGGCCUCAAUAAGGCUCACGCCGCGUUGCCUGAGCCCAAGUCCAGUCUGAGCACUUCGACUGUCCAGCAGAUUAUCGACCAACACUUUGACGGUGUAGCGGGGACUGUGACCAUGCAAUCCAAUCUGAUGCAGCCGGACUUCCGCGCGGCAGCUUGGGGUCAUAAGAUGAAUGGAUGUGGUGUGGUUACAUCGUCUAUCCACGCAGAUAUCUCCUACACACUGGGUGAGUAUCUCUACAAAAGGCUCAAACCGAACACCCAACAGGUGCAUAUGAACAUUGCCAACCUGGAGGUCCUGAACGGGCUUGUCGCGAACAACAACCCGGAGACACCCCAGCUCAUCCGCGUCUCUGUCAGCACCUCCAACAUCGAUGCCAACGCCGCCGAUCUGACCUGGUACAACGUGCUGGCGGAUGGAGGCGUCGAUGAACCAUUUGCGAGUGCGACUCUCAUCUAUGGCAACCCAGACUCCUGGCUUGACUCUUGGAUCCCGAUCACCCACCUCGUGCAAGGCCGCAUCCAGGAUCUCCAACGCCUGGCAGAGUCUGGCAUCGCCAACCGCUUCACGCGCAACAUGGCCUACCGCCUCUUCGCCACCAACCUCGUCGACUACGCGCCCGAAUACCGUGGGAUGCAGUCAGUGGUGUUACACGGGCUCGAAGCCUUCGCCGACGUCACCCUGUCUACCGAAAAGGGCGGCAGAUACACCGUGCCCCCCUACUUCAUCGACAGCGUGGCCCACCUGGCCGGCUUUGUUAUGAACGUCUCCGAUGCGAUGGACGUGAAGAACAACUUCUGCGUGACCCCCGGGUGGCGCUCGAUGCGGUUCGCUAAGCCCCUCAUCGCCGGCGCGCGCUACCGCUCCUACGUGAAGAUGAUUCCAACGACCGAGGAUCCCAGCGUGUACUUGGGCGAUGUGUAUGUCCUGCAGGACGAGGUAGUGAUCGGCAUGGUCGGCGGGAUCCAGUUCCGCCGAUACCCGCGCAUUCUGCUCAGUCGCUUCUUCUCUGCAGCGGAUGAUGUGAAGGCGCCGCCCGUCGCCGCUUCGACUUCUUCCAAGAAUCGUGUUGCGAAGGCAGCCCCGGCAGUGGGCCCCACGAAGCCCGUGACAAAUGGAGUGAAGCCAGCGGCUGUCAAUGGCGUUAAGCCUGCUGCUAAUGCUGCUGCUGCAGCAGCACCUGUGAGUGAGCCUGCCCCCGCUGUGAACCACGUCAAGCCCGCCACAGCUGCGGACCCUGCGCCGAACGUCGACUCGGAUACCACCACCGCCAAAGCAAUUCGGAUUAUCGCGGCGGAAUCCGGCCUCGACCUUGCUGACUUGACGGACGACGCCAGCUUCGCGGACUUGGGAGUGGACUCGCUGAUGAGCUUGGUCAUAGCGGAGAAGUUCCGCACGGAUCUGGGAGUUGUCGUGGGCGGCAGUCUGUUCUUGGAGUAUCCGACCAUUGGGGAUUUGCGCACGUGGUUGGAAGAGUAUUAUAGCUAG